AUAAGAAUAAUAUUCAUUUAGCAUGUAACUUAUGAUUGGUUAAAAGUUUUGUGACUUUACAAUAUUUCGUGUAUUACAUAUUUGGUAUAGAACAACGAAUAACAUUGAUUUAUAAGUUAUGAUAAAUAGGGAAUAAAAGCCUUGACUUGGAAACAAAAAAAAAACACAUUUCAUAUCAUCAAUUGUUUUGUUUGUUUGUUAAUAGUUGGAGUUAACUAAUAAAUUUUAUUAUUUCAAUUUUAAAUCAUAUUCUAUCAUGUCAACAAUGAUGUGUGCAAAAUGUGCUCGACCAUUUACAAGUGGAAGCAUAUUAAGUGCAUUAGAUAAAAAAUGGCAUCCUGAAUGUUUUGUAUGUACCAUUUGUAAAAGAACAUUAGCUGAUCAAUCAUUUCAUGUGAAAAAUGAUGAUCCAUUUUGUGCAAAUUGUUGGAAAGAAAAUUUUCAACCACGUUGUGCUACAUGCAGCAAAAUUAUUGAUCCAUCCGAACAAUAUAUGACAUAUAACGAUAGAGCUUAUCAUAAGAAUUGUUUUACAUGUGCUGCUUGUCAUCAAAGUUUGGCCGGUAAACAAUUCUGUAUCAAAGAUAAUGGAUAUUAUUGUCCUGAACAUGUUUAAGAAUAAAUGACUGAUAUGUUUUGUUUCAAAUAAUGACAAAUUUCAGAAAUUAAAGUAUAAGAAUUUCAAAAUUAUUCUUCAUUUUAAAUGAUGAUCUCUCUCGUUAUUCACUUUCUCAUUUUUUGUGAUUAUUCUUUUGAAAAAAAGGAAUAUAUAUAUUUAUCGUAUAUUGUUAAUUCAAUAUAAUUUACAUUUUACAAUUUAUGUAUUUGAAUUUGAUUAUUACGCAAUAAGUCAAUUAUUAUUAUGAUACAUUAUUGAUUGCUUAUAUGAUUGGUUACACCAUUUUUAAAAUGAUACAAAUGAACCUUUUUGCACAUUUACAAUUUUCAUCAAUUAUCUUUGUUAUUUUCAAAACAAAACAAUAAGUUUUCAUUGGUCUUCUUUUUUGGAUUAAAGUAGUUGAAUUUUUGUUUUAAUUUGAAUGGAUUUCUGUUUUUUUUUCUUACUUAGCUUAUUUACUACUGAUAUACUCAUGAUAUAAUCAACAGAUACAGUAACUAUCAAGUGUAAACAUUUUUUUGCCUUAGUUACUGACAGUUUAAAAAUAGAAAAUGAUGUUCUUCUCUUCAAUAAACGAUGUGUCCAUUAUAAAUAAGUGAUUUAAAAUAGAGCUCAUAAAUCAUACCAACGAAAUAGAUGUCAACAUUAGCAUAGUUUCUAAUUAACUGAAUACACAUUAAAACUAGAUAUAAAUAAAUUCAUGAUUAUUACAUCUAUUUUCUGAACAGCUAUGAUUUUAUUUUGUAUAUCCGAGAAAGAAAGCAAAAAAACAUGAGUAGACGUUUAUUGAAGUGACUAACUGAGUUGUUUCUUUUUUUUGAAUCACAGCAUACGUUUUAAAUCUUUCUUCUCAAUUUUAUGCCUUUGAUUUAUAAGAAAUAAAAAAUUAAUAGAAUAAGAAAAAGAAUGUUGUUAAAAUGAAACUAUUCAAACAAUCUAUCUAUAGUGUAUUCACUAAUAAAUACCAUUAUUUUCUAUUCCAUUUUACUAAUGAAUAGAAAGUAUACAGUUACGUGUUUCUGAUAGUGGUGGAGCUUCCGUUGUUCUUCUGAACAACAUCAUAAGCAUAAUGAAAACUCCACGAACAAACCAUCUAGCUCAGAGAGUAAAAUUUCACCUAAAUCAUUUUUCUGAGCUAUAAACCUACUCCACAAUCUCAGAAGUUGACAACUUAUUAGUAGUGUGUUCUUACAUUAAACGAUUUCUUUUCAGGAGAAUAGAGAUAUACAUCAUAUAAUGCCUGUAACUAACAAGUACUAUAAUAAAAAAAAUCUAUUUAUAUUACA